GUCUCCCCCGAAACCCAACCCUAAAAUUCCCCUGGAACUAUAAAAUCACAGAUCGGUGCAAUACAAAAGGGUUUAUAAUCACUCUCUCUCUCUCUCGAUCUCUCGAGGGUAGAAGCUUUCUGUCUCUGAGAUUACCUGUUGAACUCCUUUGCCCACCAUGUCUGUUUCAGAAUUGGGUUGUAUUUAUGCUUCCUUGCUCCUCCAAGAUGAUGGCAUCCCCAUCACUGCCGAGAAAAUCUCUGCCAUCGUUAAGGCAGCCCAUGUUCCUGUGGACUCUUUCUGGCCUCCUCUCUUUUCCAAGCUUUUCCAGAAGAGGACUGUUGACGAUCUAAUUGCGAGCGUAGGAGCUGGUGGUGGUGGUGGUGCAGCUGUUGUAGCUGCCCCAACAGCUGGUGCUGGAGCUGCUGCUGCUGCUGCUCCCCCUCCUGCUGCUGAGGAGAAAAAGGAGGAGCCUAAGGAGGAGAGUGACGAAGACAUGGGGUUCAGCUUAUUUGACUAAUUUUUGAUACAUGCCGGAGUAUUGUUAGGAAUCUAGAAUAGCGUCUAUAGAGAUAUGUUAUCAGGGUCCAAAAUUAGGUGAAAUGCUUGGCUUGUAUGUGCUCUAGAGUUUACAUUAUCAGUGAAAAGGCGUAUGCCUUUAGAAGCAUUGGUUCUUGGGAUUGUAGUGUUUCCUUGUUAUUUUUUGCAGAUAUUGCACUUUGAACAAGUUUUGCAUAUAAUUAAGCGUCUAUGGAUGAAUGUCUUCCCUAGUAAAUGAAACUAACCUUGAUUUUUUUUUAUUCACAUUACAGUUUGCAGCUGGAAUAAUUGCUAGGAUUGCUGCUCCCUAUACAUCAUAGUGUAUGACUUGGAGUACAAGAUUUACUUAUUCUAAUAUUGCUUUUCUUUA